GGCUCACCAAACUCCGGCGGAUUUUUUCCGGCCAGGUACAAUUCCCCGGUGAAACUUCCAAUGCCGGCCACAGUCUCACACAACCAGCUCAAAGCUUCUUCCUUUACUCUUCUGAGCUCACUCUAAAGCAGCUUCUAGGGUUCUACAGCACCUCACUCCUCAACCCCCAAUUUCAGUUUCCUAGGGUUCCUCAUUUCCCAAACCCACCAUUUCCUUAACCCAAUCUAGCCGUUACAGAAAGUCCCCAUCUUUCUCAAAAAAAGCUGCAAUUUUUUUUCAGUUCCGGUCUGUGUUUUUUUUUAAUGGCGUUGUAGCGCCGGGAAAUGACGUCAUAUUUAGUCAUGAAGCCGUUGCUGUUGUUAUUGGUGGGCUUAUUUUCUCUGUUUUUGGUUCCGGGGAGAUCUCUGAACCCGUCGCUAAACGACGACGUAUUGGGGCUGAUAGUGUUCAAGGCAGACAUCCAAGAUCCGAAGGGCAAGUUGGGUUCUUGGAACGAAGACGACGACAGUCCAUGUGGGUGGGUCGGAGUGAGAUGCAACCCGAGAUCCAACGCCGUCGUGGAGCUCAGCCUCGACGGGUUCUCGCUCUCCGGCCACAUUGGCCGGGGGCUGCUUCAGUUGCAGUCGCUCCGGAAGCUCUCGCUCUCGAGGAACAACCUCACCGGAAACUUGAGCCCCAAGAUUGCCCACAUCGGCAACCUCCGGGUGCUGGAUUUGAGCGGGAAUGGGUUCUCCGGGGCCGUGCCGGAGGAGUUUUUCCGGCAAUGUGGGUCCCUCAGAGUGGUGUCCUUGGCGGGUAACAAGUUUUCCGGCAAGAUUCCGGAGAGCUUGGGGUCCUGCGCGGGUCUUGCGGCGGUUGACAUGAGUUUGAACCGGUUUUCGGGGCCGGUUCCGGACGGCGUUUGGUCCUUGAAUGCGAUUAGGUCGCUGGAUUUGUCUGGGAAUUUGUUGGAGGGGGAAAUUCCGGAGGCUAUUAAAGGGUUGAAGAAUCUGAGAGCUCUUGAUUUGGGGAGGAAUCGAUUUUCGGGGAUUGUUCCUGAUGGAAUUGGGAGCUGUUUGUUGUUGAGGUCUAUUGAUCUUAGUGAGAAUGGAUUCACAGGCAACCUGCCGCAGACAAUGCGGGCACUUGGUCUGUGUGGGGCUCUGAAUGUGCAGAGGAACUCGUUUUCGGGUGAGGUUCCUGAGUGGAUUGGGGAAAUGGAGAGCCUGGAGACUCUGGACCUGUCCGGCAACCGGUUUUCGGGUCAGGCUCCGAGUUCUUUGGGGAAUCUUGGAGCUUUGAAGGUGUUGAAUUUGUCUGGAAAUGAGUUCAGUGGGAGCUUGCCUCAGUCUUUGGUUAAUUGCACGAGCCUUUUGGCUUUGGAUUUCAGUAAGAAUUCUUUGGAGGGUGAGCUUCCUGGGUGGUUAUUCAAGGCAGGGUUAGUUUCGGAGAUGAAGCUGAGUGGAAGUAGCCCUUUGUCGACUGGAAGUGGGCUUCGAAAGCUGGAGGUGUUAGAUUUAUCCGGAAAUGGUUUUACUGGUGAGGUUCCAUCUGCCAUUGGGGCCUUAAGCAGUAGCUUACAGGUAUUGAACCUUUCGGACAACUCUUUUGUUGGUCCUGUUCCUGCUACUAUUGGAGAGUUGAAGGCCCUGGAUAGUCUUGAUAUGAGUGGGAAUCAGCUCAGCGGCAGCAUUCCUCUGGAAAUUGGAGGGGCGAUUUCUUUGAAGGAGUUGAGAUUGGAAAACAACUUCCUCUCCGGAAAAAUUCCGACUUCAAUUGAGAACUGUUCUUCUCUUACCACUUUCAUUGUAUCACAUAAUAGACUCUCGGGUCCCAUACCUGCUGCUGUAGGCAAACUUAGCAACUUACAGUAUGUGGACUUGUCUUUCAAUAACCUCUCGGGAGCCCUUCCCAAGCAGUUGGCGAAUCUUCCCAACAUCAUUUCCUUCAAUAUUUCCCACAACAACCUCCAGGGGGAACUACCUUCGGGUGGCUUUUUCAACACCAUCUCCCCUUCUAGUGUCUCGGCCAAUCCAUCGCUUUGCGGCUCUGCAGUUAAUAAGUCUUGCCCUGCAGUCCUUCCCAAACCCAUCGUUCUCAAUCCCAAUUCCUCAUCUGACUCCAGCACAGGUGCAUUGCCUUCCAAGUUUGGUCAUAAAAGAAUCAUCCUCAGCAUUUCUGCGCUCAUUGCAAUUGGUGCAGCUGCUUUCAUUGUCAUUGGUGUUAUUGCCAUCACCGUGCUUAAUCUCCGUGUACGAACUUCCACAUCUCGUCCUCCAGCUGCCAUCACAUUUUCAGGCGGGGAUGACUUCAGCAAUUCCCCCACUACAGAUGCCAACUCUGGUAAACUUGUCAUGUUUUCGGGUGACCCUGACUUCAGCACUGGCGCACAUGCUUUACUCAACAAGGACUGUGAACUUGGACGUGGUGGGUUUGGAGCAGUCUACCGGACGGUUCUCCGUGAUGGACGGUCUGUUGCAAUCAAGAAGCUCACUGUUUCAAGCCUUGUCAAGUCUCAGGAAGAAUUUGAAAGGGAAGUUAAGAAAUUAGGAAAAGUGAGGCACGAUAAUCUAGUGGAGAUUGAAGGCUAUUACUGGACUCCAUCAUUGCAGCUCAUCAUAUACGAAUAUGUAUCUGGUGGUACUUUGUAUAAGCAUCUUCAUGAUGGAGCAGGUGGAAACUUCCUUUCAUGGAAUGAUAGGUUCAACAUAAUUCUUGGAACUGCAAAGAGUUUGGCUCACUUGCACCAGAUGAACAUAAUCCACUACAAUAUAAAAUCUAGCAAUGUCCUGAUCAGCGGCUCAGGUGAACCUAAAGUGGGAGACUUUGGCCUAGCGAGGUUAUUGCCAAUGCUUGACCGAUAUGUUCUGAGCAGCAAGAUCCAGAGUGCCCUUGGCUACAUGGCACCAGAGUUUGCUUGCAAAACAGUUAAGAUAACUGAGAAAUGUGAUGUCUACGGGUUUGGUGUUUUGGUUCUAGAGGUGGUGACAGGGAAAAGACCUGUCGAAUACAUGGAAGAUGAUGUUGUGGUGCUCUGUGACAUGGUCAGAGGAGCAUUAGAAGAAGGCAGGGUAGAGGAAUGUAUUGAUGCUAGGCUCCAGGGAAGUUUCCCUGCCGAAGAAGUUAUUCCGGUAAUGAAAUUGGGGUUGAUAUGCACAUCACAAGUGCCGUCAAACAGACCCGACAUGGGGGAAGUUGUCAACAUAUUGGAGCUGAUCAGAUGUCCAUCGGAAGGCCAAGAUGAAUCAGGAUGAAUUUAACUUAACAGAUGUUCAAUGAAGGGAUUUGCAAUGAGUUAUCCGGCAAAGAAGAAUCACAGUUUCGUCUCAAGAAUGAAGAAGAAACAUAAUUAUUGAUGGAAGGUUUUUUUUUUUUUUUUUUUUGCUUAUUAUUGUCUUAGCUUAGUUAAUUUUCUUCAAUUUGUGUAUUUCCUGUUUAUUUCUGUAGGUUCUCUUCCAGUGUGUUACAAGCAGAGCUAGGUCACUAGAUUCUGCUUUGCCGGAUUCGAUUUUGGGUCCCUUUCAGAUAUUAUCACUGCUAAUCUCUUGUACUCUACCAGUGUCUGU